GAGGCCCAACUUGGUCCCCACCUAGCGAACGAAACUGCAUGAGUAAGUGUCAGAGGCACUCAGUACAGUUACUGACGGCCCGUACCGUGAACGAUCGCCGUCGUCGACCGUUGUCACCGUGUCGUCGUGUCGUCGUCGAACAGAGUCGGAUUCUACCAUGCGCUGCUCUUGAUAAACGUAUGCGGUUAAAAUUAGAAAAUAGUAAUUUUCCCCGAAGAAAGGAAGCGAAAGAGAGGAACAAGCGAAAACAGAGAGAAGAGAAAGCAAAGGAUCGUUCGGUUGAUGACCAGGUGUACCUCGUCGACGAAGUGACAGUGCCUUCGAAUGUGUAUAUGGACGAGAUCGCCGAGAUGACCGUUCCACCGACACUGCCGGCGAAGACUCAGCCCCGGGACGUGAGUCAAGUUGCCCGACAGACUGUGUCAAUCCGGACUGUUUCCAGUCCCCCCACAGCUCCUUUGAGUACAGGGGCCGGAGCAACGGUAUUUGUCGGACUGGCCGCUCCUGACGUCGAUUCCGCGGCAGCCUGUAGGAGAAGAAUCCCGGAAGUGCAAGCCGCGAACGGCUACGGUAAGCAGAGCAGCGUGAAGUCUGUUCAGAGCACGCAGAACCAGCAACAACUGCACCACGGGCAACAGCAAUACCAUCAACAGCAGCAGGCGGCUCAUGUGGUGAAGAUCAAGAUCAACCCGGAUGGUGAUAAGAACGGAAGGGUGAUAUCGACCGUACGAUUGACGCUGGACGAGAACAUCGCCCACGAAGCCGAGCAGGAGAACGGGAUCGCGUGCGAACGUUCGAGCAAGCGUGACGGUGGUGUGGUCGUGAGUGCGACGAAUCUGGUGAACGAGCGGCGUUGUGGAAGUGUCGGUGCCGGUGACGGCUGUGUGAGGAUCAGUGUUGGCUCGAACGCCUUCGAACGCAACAAUAACAACAAGGAUAAGCGUAAUCGGAACGACGACAGCUCGGAGAAAGAGAUGGUUCAUCGUGAAACAUCGGAGCCUUUGAAUACGUCCUCUCCGAACAAUCGUUCGGGCUCUUGCUUUUACUAUAAUUCGUAUCCCAGCCAGUUGAACGGGAUGGUGAUGUCCAGUGGACAGUGUUCACCGAGUGACACCUUGGACAGCGGGACCUGUAGCGACCUGGAUGGCACACCGCCGCCUCUUCCUAAGAAAAAGAACGCCAGCACGGUUAUCCUGGCGAGUGAUCAACACAAUCGUACGGGUAGUCUGACCAGCAGUGGAGCAGAAGUUGAUAGUGACGACAACGAGAGCAGUAUUAGCUGCGAUUCUUUAAACGGUGGCGAGUUGAGCGACAGAAUAAUCGAUGGCGGUAUCAAUGGAAAUGGUGUCGAGGCUGAUCGAGCAUCCUUAGAAUUCCAAGAACACUCGGAGAAUGAUCGUGUGAAGAACGGAGUGGAUCGUCAAAAAUAUAGAGACACGAACGACACUAUCGUGAGUCUAAACAGACUAGACCUGUCGAACGGUCAGGAAGAACGAACGAACGAAGAAUCCACGCCAACUGCAUCGACUCCGGAAGUCCACUCGAAUUCUUGCUCGUCCAGAGCUUCUCCUAGUGUUUCUCCUUCACCUUCUGGUACUUCCUCUUUAUCAAAAGCCUCUUCCACUCCAAGGAUCAGAAGCCCUGAUCCGAACAUAGAACAAAAUGGCAGGUUAUCGUCGCCAGUGGUGAAAGAAUGCACUUACGAGGAGAGGAAGCAGGAACAGGAGAGGUUAGAGCAGGAGUCGGUUGCUAACGACAUCGACACCAGCAUCAAUCCUCUGACUGGGAAGAAGUACGUGUACGAGUACGACAGGUUCUACAAGUUUCACGUGAACGAAUUGAAGGGCAACAAUAAAGACACUAGCAGGGGAGUGGUGUUAGGCGAUAAGGACACCGAUGAAUGUUUCGCUGGUUACAAGAUCCUCGAGAAGGAAGCCAUACGCAGUGCCAAGGGAACUGUCCGUGGUGUCAAAAACAGGGUGCGCGCAGGAAUCGCGACAUUCCUUCAAAAACCAUCCUCUCAGGCGUAUAUAAAGAAGGAACUGGGUAAAGUGGUGGUGUACACAACGACCUCUGGUAUCGUGAGGAAAACGUUCUACAACUGCAAGAAGGUGAAGCAAAUUCUGAGGACGCAUAUGGUCAAAUACGACGAGUUGGACCUGUUUGGCGACGCAGAGUUGCAGACCGAAUUGAGAGAUCGUUUGGGCUCCACGGUGAUACAGUUGCCGCAGCUUUUCAUUGAUGGACAACACAUCGGGGGAUUCGACACCGUAGAGCGACUCAACGAAUCUGGAGAGCUGAGAGAAAUGCUUAAGCCUUACCAGAGCGAAGACGCGUGCACAGUGUGUCUAUUCUGCGGCGGUUACCAAUGGCAGCUGUGCCCGGUUUGCAAUGGCAGCAAGAGGUCUGUUCAUCGUAACGACUUCACCGCGGAAUUCGUCGCCCUGAAGUGCGCGAAAUGCGAUGUGAACGGUCUGAUUCGCUGUCCCCAUUGCUGAGGCAUCAAAACGGAAGAAGAAAACGGCGAGCACGUGCUCGAAACGACAUCGUAUCCCCGAUACUGGCAUCGAAUCGCUAGCGUUACACGUUCCCCUAUCUAAGACUAAGGUGCUACAAGAAGUAUAUUGCAUGUUAAACACGUUAUGGAGAAGUUCUUGCUGUCGUGUCGCGAACAACGAACAGAUCUAUUGUACGAUCAGUCGCAUAUCAAACGAUCGCCGUGCAAGCGCUGUCUCGACUUGAAUUUUUUCAUUCACUUCCGUUCCAUUCACACGAAGAGCUUCGUGGCAUUAGAUAUGAUUUAUGGGAAGCACUCAUGGAAAUUCGAGAUAAAACGGCGCCGGCACGCUCGAUCUUGAAUACCGAGCACGAUUCGCAGACGCUGAUCGCGAGACCGUGCACGUGAACUGUAAAAUAUCGACUAAUAAAGCUUAUCUAAUGUUUUGUAACAUGCAA